AUGCGACCUAUAUCCUUCACCACGCUUUUGGGUGGCCCCCUCCUCGGGCAGCUCGUCACGGCUCUGCCUUCGGCGGGCUGCUCGACGAACCAGGAGGUCGCACUCGAGCAGACGUACAACGUCCAGAUGGGCGACCGCCGCUACCUGCUCUGGUUCCCGAUCAACUAUGAGCCCAACAAGCCGGCCCCGCUGGUGCUUUCCUACCACGGCGGCACUCGUAUCGCCGAGGAGCAGCAGAGACUGGAUCUGUUGAGCACGGCGUACUUCAAUAAGGAGUACAUUAUGGUAUAUCCCAACGGCGUCAACGAAACCUGGGAGGGCGUUCCGGACGUGGACACCGACGACGUCGGCUUCACCGGGGACAUCCUCGACGAGCUCGAGGCGCAGUACUGCAUCGACACGGACCGGAUCUACGCCACGGGUAAGUCCCAGGGCGGCGGGUUCGUAGGCGUGCUAGCCUGCGAUGAAGACAUGUCCCAACGCAUAGCGGCUUUCUCCCCAGUAUCUGGGGCCUUCUACAUCUCCGACUUCGGAGACGAGUGCGAGCCCGAGACGGUGGCCAUCGAGCCCUGCUCCCCGGGCAGGGACAACGUGCCGAUCCUGGAUUUCCAUGGCCUGGCCGACGACACCAUCAAGUACUAUGGAGGCGAGCGGAAGGGCGGGUGCCUGCCGACCAUCCCGCACUGGGUCCAGACGUGGGCCGAGAGGGAUGGUCUGGGACCGGAGAAUGUGACUUCCGCAGUGCCUGGUGCCCCGAGUGACAGCAGCGCCGUCAGAUAUGAGUUUGGAGAAGGCAGCCAGCAAGGCUUGGUGACUCACAUCAUGGACGGAACGGAUAUUGGGCACGACUGGCCGAGCACGCAGCCGAACAGCGAUAACUCACAAGCCGGGCGACACCCAGCCUCCUUCAACGCCUCGUCCUUGAUCCUCGACUUCUUCGCGGCACACCCGCUCGUGCCGGCUCAGAAGGUUCCCGGGUGCGGGAACCAUACGCACUCGUAG